UGCGUGGCAGGUUUUUAUUUUUGUACAUUUUGUCACAUGACAUUUAAUCACGUGAUUACUGUAAUGCAAUCACACAACUCUUCGGUCACCGUUGGGAAGUUGUUUGUGGARUAUUGGCGAGUUUUUCGGUUGUUUCUCCUUUUUAAGAUGAUUUAAACUUCCUGGAUUCUCCAACUGUGAUAUAUACAAUAAAGCUUAUUGGAAAUGUGAUGUGCUAAAGUCUGUAUACAUGAUGUAAACUUGUGAUGAUGUAGCAUUCUGUCUUGAUGUUACAGUCAAACUGGUUUUAAUAACGAUGAGUAAUGAACAGGUCUCAAUCACAAGAAGGGAAUUAAAACAAUUKUACAGAGAAAUUMGCAUUUGUAGACAAGAAAAGGAUUUGGAGAAAUUAGAACAGCAAGGCAGAGAGUAUUUGAGGCAUAUUAAGUUCAAAAAGAAGUUUGAAAUCAUCCCAUUUAAAGUGUAUUUGCAGGAAGUCAUUAAGAGGACAGAUGAUACAAAAGCAGAAACAUUUUUAGAAAUCCAAAAAGGGUUUUCAAACCUGGAAAAGUAUGGAAUAAAUCUUCUGCAACAUCCCUGGCGAAAAGAGUUUCAAUCAAUUAAGCUUUAUUCAUCAUUCUUCAAGCAUGAAAUUGAACCUCGAGUACCAGYAAUUUUUKCGACCCACAUUCUCCAACUUUAUGGCUACAAAUCUGAAGGGYGUCAAGAUAUUUUAAAGAUUCAGGAACCUAUCUCAUUAGAUACAAUAGUUACUACUGCAUUUGAAUUGUUUUUAGUUACAAUUGAGCUCAAGGUUAUGUUAGAAAUUGCAAAAGAAAUUGAACUUUACACUGAUAGCUUUACUCUAGAUGAUGUUUUGRAUGCAAGAACUCACACARUUGGUGAUGUUGAAGAAGCUAAAAGCCUUUUGCUUAAGGUCAAAUGUAUAUCCACAGAAAGAAAAAGAAUCAAACUUGAUACRAMUGAGAUUCAAAGGAAAAGAGAGGACUCWAAAGAUUCCACCAAUGGGAAAGAUGAACACUUCACUAAUGUAAGAUCCAGAAGUUUUACUCAUGAAUUUCCAGAGCAACAAACUUUAUACCAAAGACAUAACACUUCAAGAGGUGGAAAAGCAGCUUCUACCAAAGUUACACAUGUAUCUUCAAUAAAUGGAGUUGAAACUCUUACAAAGACUGGGCACUCUGGUAUAUACGACUCUGUUGACAAAUUAAGUGAUGAGGAACUUUAUGGCCUGAKUGCCACACCUACAUAYGCCAAUCAUUAUCCACAGAUCAUGGAGACAGCAGAAGAAUCAGAUUACAUUAACAUGARUGCUAAUGAUGACGAUGAUUGUUAUGAGUCAAUGGCUCCUCAACCAAACCCUCACAUUCCACCCCCAACUUAUCAUGAAGCUGUCCACCCUCAAUUUCCUGAAAACGUUAUGGAAGAGUAUGUUUUUGUAUCAAGUCCAAGUAAACACUCAGAUCRUUAUGCUGMCAUKGCAAUUCCUGGAAUAUCUGGUCUGAAUAUUAGGGAAAAUGGUCCUCRCUAUUCAGAGAAAAGGGGAAAAAUUGAAAAUGGUAUUCUACCAGAAUCCAAAUCACAAAAGCAUAGAAAGAAAGAGAAUGGAAGUACUGAGCAKAUUGCAAUGGAUGAGUUUGURUUUUCUACAAGCACAAGCAGAGAUAAAGCACCAUCAGCUGUAACAACAAGUGUAACSUAUAAAUCAAGCUCUUUGAGUGGUGGUCAAGUGGCUGGGCAGGGGAUUUCUAAUACAAGAGUCACAAAUACCUAUGACAAGAUUAAAUCUCAAUCUAGAGUAACUGGUGAAAGUCAUGUAAAAUCUAGUAGGAAUGAACCACAUUCUGAAAGCCGCUAUCCUCCAUCAAGUUCAAAAACAAGUGAUCAUUUAUCAAGUUAUAAGACAAAAGAUCAAAUAGGAUCAAACAUUAUGUAUCCCCCAUCUUCCAACACAAAAACUGAGCCACAAAAAUCCUCACAUGUCUUAGAUGAUAAACAGAAAACAGCUUACAAAGAACAGCAAGAAUACUUGUCAAGAAGAGAAUCUCAAAAAAGAUAUUGUGCAAUGUGCCCUAAAGAAGCCACUCAUGUUUGUACUACAUGCAACAAAGUUUGCUGCAAAGGUUGCAAAAGUGUAUUUAGCACACUUCCCUGUGAAGGAGCAAGUAUGCAUCGCCUUGUGGAAAGAAAGAAAUCUGUCAGCACUAACGAGAAAAUGAUCAAAGAUGACUGUGUUAACUGUGGUAAAAUUUCAGAUUAUGAGUGCUACAGUUGUAAAACUAAACACCAAAACAAUGGAACAACACAAGAAGUUCCAUACCAUGAUCACGAAGAUGUUUUUAAGCAAAGCAUACCCAACAGCAAAGAGCAAUAUAGAGAAGAUAAUAUCAACAGCAAAAAUGGACACCAUCAAAAUGAGAAUUGUUAUUAUUGUGGAAAGGAAUCAACUCAUGAAUGCAACAAUUGCAAAAUAAAAUCAUGCACUGUUUGUCAUCAUGUCAAGGGAACAUCAUCAGACCCAUGUGUGUCAGCUAUUGGACAUGUAUUCAAGCCACUUGCAUCAAACAGUCUUGCACAAUACACAGAACUGCCACAAGAUUUUGAUAACUCAAAUAUCUGCGAGUUUUGUGGAUUGAUAGCAACAUUUAUAUGUGCAGACUGUCACAAUCGUAUCUGCAAACAGUGUCNUAAUAGAUGA